CCGGAGCAAGGAUGCAGUCGGCACCUUGAGGAGGAGGAGGAGCUUCUGGAUCCUGAUUGGUGGGCUGGAGCCUGCCUUUAAAAAAAAGCACAGCUCCGGACGACCUGCUCCUGAGUCAGUGCCACCGGGGUUAGUGGAACGGAAUCAGGGGAGUGGUGACCGUGGCAACGCAGGAGUUCCUUGUGUUCCGCAGGAGUUACAACGCUGAGAUGCUGCGCAGACUCUUCCUCCUGGUCCUCUUCCAAGCCCUGGUUUCCUCAUCAUCGUCUUCAUCGUCGUCCGAGGAAGACGAGAGCGGCAACGAGGGGGACCACACUGAGGAGCACCCCAAAAAAUCCUCUCAUGGACACUGGAAUUAUCUCGAUCAAGACGCCUGGCCUUCAGAUUUCCAGCACUGCAGUGGCAAAUCCCAAUCUCCCAUUAACAUCGCCACCAGGGAGGCCAUCUUCGACCCGAAAUUACCCGCCAUAGAGCUGGAGGGGUACGACCUAUCGGACACGGAGCAGCUGAAUCUGGUGAACAACGGACACACACUGCAACUGAACCUGCCGGACACCAUGCGCAUCGUGAGCGGGUUCGACAACACCUUCCUGGCCGCGCAGCUGCACUUCCACUGGGGGACCAAGGAGGACCCGGGCUCCGAGCACACCAUAGAUAGCGUGCAUUUCCCAGCUGAGAUACAUGUGGUUCACUACAACUCUAAAUACCCCGAUAUCUCAGAAGCGGCUAGCAAGCUGGAUGGACUGGCAGUUUUGGGGGCCUUCAUUGGGAUUGGUCUGCAUGAGAAUGAAAACUAUGAGAAAAUCUUAUCUUCUCUCAGAGAUGUCAGCAGAGAAGAGUCCGAUACGGAAAUUCCGGGGUUUAACGUCCGGAAUCUGUUGCCGAACAGCCUGGAUCGAUUCUACAGGUACAAUGGCUCCCUCACCACACCCCCCUGCUUCCAGACGGUGAACUGGACCAUCUUCAACGACACCAUCACAGUGUCUAGACGGCAGUUGGCCGCUCUUGAGGACACACUGAAAGCCGGACAAAACCAGCUCCUCAACAAAAACUUCAGAGCUCCCCAGCUGCUGUAUAACAGACGGGUGCUGUCCUCGUUCAGGGCAGAAGCCAGCUCGACAGGCCCCCAAGUCCCCUUUAAUCCAGGCAAUGAUGGCUCAUCCAAGAAAGGCAGAACUAUGAAUGAACCAGUCGAUUCUGAAGAAACACUUUCCCGAGGGGACAUUCUGGCGAUAGUUUUUGGCGCUCUAUUCUUCGUUACCUUGCUGUCCUUUAUGAUAUACGCAUGUCAACAGCGGAAGAAAACCUUGAGACUCAAAAAAGAUGCACGAGAGAACGUCAUUUAUAAGCCAGCGACGAAAGAAGAAGUAUAGCGGACCCAUAAAUUUUCUCAUGUAUAAAUUUCCCAAUGACAUCCUUGUACAAAAUGUAAUGAUUUUUCAGUAGAAUUAAAUUUUCACACAGUG